AUUUGCUUUGGGUUGGGUUUUUUUGUUUUGGUUUGGUUUUUUUUUAAACUUUUUUCAGCAGUACCAAGGACCACUAAGCAAUAAACAUAAGUUAUGAGAGGAAAGCAGACUGCAAACUUAGGCUGACAUCAAGGCACCACAAGGACUUGGCAGCCUGUUUCACCCAAGUAUCUGCUCCACAAGAACUUAAGUAAACUACCGACAUCUCUGCACAAGGCUAAGUGUGCACUGUCUAAGGCAAAUUUCUAGCAACAAUCAUGUAACUUUAUUUCCCCAACAAUACCAGUGGAUUAUCUAGUCUUAGAACACCAUCCCUUUCUUAAUCGUUCAUGCUUUGCUAAUUUAGUUGUGCCAAUGAAACUGUCAGGCCAAGAAAAUGGACUGAACAAGAGAAAUGCACGUUCAAAGUAACCCAGCCACCACCUCUCUGAAGUGUUACAGAAGGUCAACUGGACGGAAGGUCUCAUCGGAACUGUUUUAAAAGAGAAAAACUGAUAAAUUUAUAGCUUCCAUCCCCCACAAGGCUUUGGAUAUAGACAUCACAAGGGCAAAAAGACUGGCAGUCCCUGGUUUUUCACACCUUCUGCAUCUACAUCCAAGCAAACCCGCAGUUCUGUCCUACAAAACUACACCCGUUUUAACAUUAAAUCCUUCCACCCACCACAUCCUGCAUUGCACCCACUUGUUGUGCAUACCCUAACACCUAUCACACUACUUUUUUUUUUUUUUUGUUCCUCCUUCCUGUGUAGGUACCUAAGGCUCCCCAAACACGGCGGCUCGCUGUCCCCCCGCCCCCUCUGCACCGGCGCAGCCCGCACGGACCGGGCGGUGCGAGACCGCCGGGGCCGCCCGAGCUGUCAGCCCGAGGGGCCGGACACCCGGCCAGCCUGAGGGCUGCACAGCGACGAACGGCUCUUCACUCCCGGCCCCGGCAGAAGCGGUGCAAAGCCCCCUCCACCAGCAGCAAGGCAGGGAAGCGGGAGGAUGGCAGAGCCCUCCUGCCUGAGGAACCGCCACGCCGUCCCAGCCCGACCGAGCUGCCAUGCGGGCAGUGCCCCGCCGGAGAGAGCUCCGGCGGCACAUGGAGACGGCCCACCCGGAGCCGGGCCCGCCCGGCUCCCGCAGCCCCGGGGCGCCGCCCGAGUGCCCGUUGUGCGGGGAGGCGGCGGGGCGGGAGCUGGAGGAGCACGUCCGGGCGCGGCACGGGCACCUGCUGGGCGCCCCGGGCACGGACACAGGGAAUGGUGAACAGCUGUAUGAAUGUCCUAUGUGUAGUCUCACCUGUACAAACAUUCAGAUUCUUGAAGAACACGUGGAUUUACACUUAGAGGAGCAUAACUUUUCAGAAGGUGGGAACAUUAGAGAUCUAGAACUGGCUCAGCAACUCCAGACUGAAGAAGAUGAACGGCAGAGAUCAGAAGAAGAGAAGCGAGAGAGAGAAGAAUUUCAAAAGCUGCAGAGACAGUAUGGCUUGGAUAAUUCUGGUGGCUUCAAGCAGCAAUUUCUAAAGAAUAUGGAAAGAGAAGUUGAUAGAGGAAGGAUGCAGCCCUUUGAAUAUCAUAAGAGAAAAGCUGACAUGAUGGAAAGUUUGGCUUCUGGUAUAGAUGAUGGCAGAACUAAGACAUCAGGAGUCAUUGAAGCAUUGUGCAAGUACUAUCAGAGUGAGAACAAAGAUGUGAGGCGUGUGUGGCUUUCAGCAGGAGUAGAUCACUUCCACUCAUCUUUGGGUGACAGAGGCUGGGGUUGUGGUUACAGGAAUUUCCAAAUGCUCCUUUCCUCACUGUUGCAAAACAGCUUCUACAACGACUGCCUGAGAGAUACUACACUAAUUCCUAGUAUCCCAAAGAUUCAGUCCAUGAUUGAAGAUGCCUGGAAAGAAGGUUUUGAUCCUCAUGGGGCAUCUCACUUCAACAACAGAUUACAUGGUUCCAAAGCAUGGAUAGGAGCAUGUGAAAUUUAUUCACUGUUAACCAGUCUCAGGAUAAAGUGCCAAAUCAUUGACUUUCACAAACCCACUGGCCCUAUGGGUACACAUCCUCGCUUGUUUGAGUGGAUUUUGCAUUACUAUUCUACAGAUAAUGAAGGUGGUGCAAAGGUGGUGUGUACUUCCAAACCACCUAUCUACUUGCAACAUCAAGGCCACAGUCGUACUGUUGUUGGAAUAGAAGAGAAGAAGAACAAAAGCUUAUGUUUGCUACUGUUUGACCCAGGAUGUUCUUCCCAACAAAUGCAGAAACUCCUGAAACAAAACAGUGAUGGAACUGGUCUCAGACUACUUCGGAAAUUUGUGGGUAGCCUAAAAGAAAAGCAAUAUCAGAUAGUGGCUGUAGAUGGGGUGCUCUCUUUGGAAGAGAAAGCUGCUCGUUGCCAUGCUUCUCAGGUCUUAACAUCAGAGAAGAUUCCUUAAAGGAUACCUUUGUAACCUGCUUCUGGAACUGGCUGGGUGCAAAGCAUUAAACUUCUGGACUGUGACCCUCACCCAACAAUUUUUAAACUUAAACUGUGUCUCCAUAAAUGCUUGGGAGCUCUGGGAAUGCACAACACUGGAGUAAACCUGUAGUUUUUGUGUUCAGUCAAAACUCUGGCAUCUUGAUACAAAUGUAACUCUAAAGUAUUGCGGUCCUUAUCUCACUAGAAAAUGUGUUAUUUUCUUAGUUGCUUAGAAUUAGCAACAUCUACUGUCUUGUAGCAAAUUAUACACUAUUGUUAAUGAGCAGUGGAGAAAGAUUCUAUGGAGCUACUUCAUUGGAGUUCCUGGUCAUGGUUUGCUUCUAAAUGUGUUCAUGUUGCCACAGCGGCCAGUCCUCUGUUUCUUCAGGGUUCAGUCUGUUGCACCAGGGAUUAAUUUACUAGUAAACUUAUUUUCCAUUAGCUGGCUUCUCUAGAUGUAUAACUUGAAUACAUGUGCUUAGGAAGUGGAUCAGUGUUGGCAUUGGCUAAGAGGUCUGACAAAAGUGGUGUCCAAAAUAUAGUGUGUGUGCUUGCUUUAGGUGCUAUGCAAGACAAUUCUUUGGGGGAGAGGAAGAAAAGAUUCCUUUUGUACCAUGAAUGAAUAAAAUUAAUAUAUUUUUAAAAAGU